CUUGAAAUAAUAGGAAGAAGAGUGAGAGCUCACUAUGCAUUUGACAAUGCGGGCGAUCACCCUGCUGCUCCUCUUCGUCCUAAAUGGUGCUGAUGGCACUCACAUUGUGGGGGGCAGGGACGCUCCUUCACACUCGCGCCCCUACAUGGCCUCGCUGCAAGUUCAAGGUCAGCACGUCUGUGGCGGGUUGCUAGUCAGAGAAGACUUUGUCCUCACGGCAGCGCACUGCAGGCUACGUCGGACUUAUACAGUGGUGCUUGGAGUGGACUCCCUGACAGGUGAUGAGCCCGACACACAGGUGUUUACUGCAGCCAGAGACAUCCCCCAUCCAGACUACGACGGGCAUGAAAAUGACAUCAUGCUCCUGAAGCUUAAUGCCAGCGCCCAACUGACGGAGCAGGUGCAGCUGAUCGCUCUCAAAAGAGGCCGAAUGGGAAGAAGAGACAGCGGCUCAUGCAUCACGGCCGGCUGGGGAGACAUCGGCGACAACAGGACCUUGCCCGACACUCUGCAGGAGGUCAACGUCACCCUGCUGUCUCAGCGGACGUGUCGCAGGCGAUGGAGGGGGGUCCCCAUCGCCAGGACGAUGGUCUGCGGCACAGGGUCGCGAGAUUUACAAGGCUUCUGCUCGGGUGAUUCAGGUGGCCCGCUGGUUUGCGACGGCGAGGCUGCAGGCGUGGUGUCGUUCUCUGGGCGAAGAUGCGGCAACCCCCGGACCCCCGAUGUCUACACGCGCAUAUCGUCCUUCACAGACUGGAUUUCCAGUGUGUUGAACAGCAAUCAAACAAAUGAGGCAUCGUAUGAAUGAAGAUAACACAUCGUUUGUUAGUGCUGAGGUUGUUAAAAAAGCAUGAGAAUCAAUUAUGUUGACUGGCUUUAUGUCUUUUUGCUGCAUUAUGAGGCAUCAUGAAUGCUUUUGCUCUGGCAGGAUUCAUUAGGUACGCUAGCUUUAGGGUCAGCCUCGUUUGUCUGACAUUUUUUAACUUUCCAAAGCUCAUACAGAAUUGUUUUCAGGUGUAACCACACUUGUGGAUUUAAGGAAACGUACAACAUAAAUAGGUUUGAACAACUAAAUUAAACUACAUUAUAAAAUUAA